AUGGAAGCAGAAGGGAGGAGUCAGCAGGGUGAGCCAAAGCAGGGGCGAGUUUGCAGCAGCCUCUUGUCUGAGAGCCGCCCCGCCGCUGGGACUCUGCCCUCCGUGAUGGACACUAGUGCUGAGCCCUGCAGGAGGCUCUCUGGUGGCGGAGUGGGGAGGCCAAGGAUCCCUACGCAAGGAGCUCAGAGGGGCCGCCCGCACUCUCGGCGCCACCGCACCACCUUCAGCCCAGUGCAGCUGGAACAGCUGGAGUCAGCCUUUGGGAGGAACCAGUACCCUGACAUCUGGGCCCGGGAGGGUCUUGCCCAGGACACAGGCCUCAGCGAGGCCAGAAUCCAGGUCUGGUUCCAGAAUCGCAGAGCUAAGCAACGGAAGCACGAGCGGUCAUUGCUCCAGCCACUGGCCCAUCUGUCUCCUGCCACCUUUUCUGGUUUCUUACCUGAAUCCCCUGCUUGCCCGUACUCCUAUACAACACCACCUCCACCAGGGACCUACUUCCCUCACCCCUACAACCAUGCCCUUCCCUCCCAGCCGCCCACAGGUGGCUCUUUUGCUCUUCCGCACCAGCCUGAGGACUGGUACCCCACCUUGCACCCCACCCCCACUGGUCACUUGUCCUGUCCCCCACCCCGAUCCAUGCUUCCCCUCAGCCUUGAGCCACCAAAGUCCUGGAACUAA